GACUCCAGAUGUGUUUUGCAGUGGCUGAGUGAGUUGCCUUCGAGAAGGCAUCUGGGUGACCCUUUUGAGGACCUUUUUUGGGGAGGGGGCAGGGGUUGUCCCCCUUGAAGGGAAGGGUGCAAGCAGGGAAGGCCGAAGGAAGGAGAACCAGCUGAAGGGAAAGCAACUUGUCUGGAUUGCCAAAGGGGAAGCGCCGCUUCCGAGGAUCCCCACCUGGCCCCAGUGAGUGGCGAGUGGCCGGCUCCAACAGUCCACGGAGAGGAGUCCACCUGCUCGGCUGUCCAAAGAAAAGAUGGGCCCUUCGAGGUGAUCUGUCUUCACGCACCCCUCUUUGUGUUUCUGGGUUGUUGCUUUCUUCCUUUCUUGUCCGUUCUGGCUUGGUUUUGGUUUUGCAAGCGUGUGUGGCAUUAUGGGUUUGGUUUCCUUUGGCUGUGGACUUUUUGGAGAGCUGUACUUUUAUGGGAAGAUUUUUUGACGGAUGUGACUUCUGGAGACACUGGGACAGCGGAAGACUUUCAAUGUUCUGACUUGGUCUAAGAUGAAGGUAUGGAAGUGGGCAGCCAUAGCCUCGAUGCUCUUCAGUUCCAUGUUGUCCAUUUUGGUUUGUAGAGACUUGUUCGCCGGGAGCCAGAAAUCCACCUUCUUCUCUUCAUCGCUCUUCUCGAGAACCUCCUCGUCUCCCUUGCUGGCUGAAGGUCAGAGACGGCACCCAAGGGCUCUGGAGCGGCGCAGUUCACUGAUCUCCCAGUAUAGCACGUUGUUUGAGAGCUACACGGAGGGAGAGAUCCACCAGCUCAUCUCCACACUGAUCGAGAGGUACAGCCAGUCCAUGAAUUCUGGAGGUCAUGAGCUGCCACUUUUUGCUAAGGCUGGCAACCGGAUGAAGCGGGCAAAAGCCCGCCACAAGCCCUGCUCCCUCAAGGAGCUAGAGGUGACAGUCAGUGAGCUGGGCCUGGGCUACAAGUCAGAUGAGACGGUCCUCUUCCGUUACUGCAGUGGCACCUGCGAUUCGGCCGUCCGGAACUACGACCUCUCCCUGAAGAAUGUGAGGAGCAUGAGGAAGAUCAAAAAGGAGAAAGUGAGAGCCCGCCCGUGCUGCCGGCCCCUGGCGUAUGAUGACGACGUCUCCUUCUUGGACACAGGGAACCGAUACUACACGGUGAACGAAGUAUCGGCCAAGGAAUGUGGCUGCGUGUGAUGGAGCCAAGGAAGGAGGGGGGAAACCAAGGAGUCUGGUUCUACAUCCAGCGGCACCCAGAGGCUGCUGACAUGAGGGUAGUUGUCCAAGGGUGAGACAGGAGGAGAGAGGACCACAGAGGCAUCCACGCCUGGACCAGCCAAGGAGACCAUGGUUUUGAAGCCUACCUCAGUGCUGUCAACCAAUGCAAGAGGGCAAAGAAAAUCUUGGACCAUCCGUGGUGUCUAUUUGGGGGCCUCCUUAUCUGGUGGGAUAUUAAAAGGGGUCUGGGUGUGCUUAUAGUUCCAGCCUCUUGACACCAGCUCUCGCUGUUCAUGCUUUCCUAGUAAGGAUUGUGUGUCGCUAUCGGGUGCAACAGUGGAAGGAAAGCCAUGUGCCCAAACAUCCAUUGUGUCUCCAUGAUUGAGAAGGGGUGUUUUCCUGAUGCAGGCGGAGCAGCAGGAUAAGUGUCGGCAGCCUGUUCAUUCCAAACUUUAAACCAAAUUAAACUGAGAAAGUGAUCUUACUUUGGGAUUGAUCUUCUGGAUAUGUUGCCUCACCCAGGAGCAGCCACACAGAGAUGAAUCUUGACAUCUUUAUUUCAAUGAUUCCAUGCAGGAACUGGGCACAGGAGUCAUUUCCAUGCACGCUGCGCUUUCAGAAAUGUGCAGGUGAAAAAUGGCUGGUGGAUUGGGGGUUGCUUUUCUUAUACUACAAGAGCACCAUCCUCCCCCUAUUUUAAUGUACAUGCACAGUUAUAGCAGUGCUGUGUAAAUUGUAUGUGUAUAUUUUUAUAUAUAUAAGGAAUGUAGGCAUAGGUUUAAAAUAUCAACAAAUAUGUAAAAAAGGCUGCCAUUCCUUAUAAGGCAUUGCAUCAACUUCUUAACAGGGUCCGUGUGAAUUGGUGUUACCCAGGAUUCUCAGAGUUGAAGGACUCAAAUAUUCUGAAUAAAACCGGAGGAACAUUUCAGAAAGCUAUAACUAGAGAUUGGGGAGAAAUGCGUUCCAGGUUGCCUUUUAAAGACAAAUCUAUCAAAGCUACACUUUCUCAAGCAACCUGACAACCAAAACAAAGCCGUCUUUGAAAUUCACACUUCUACAAAUUUGGCAGUGCAGUUUUCCGACCAAUGUUUACAAAAAUGCAUAGAUUAGGAGAAUGUGUGCAUAAAAAUGAAUAAGUUUGUGAAAAUAACAUGCAAAAUUAUAUCAGGAGAAAUUGCUUGCAAAAAUGUGUCCGUUAGUCAAAACUGCCUACAGAAAACGUGUUUAUGAGGAGAAAAUCACACUAAAAUGCUGGAGAAUUUUCAUGAGGAUUUAAAAAAAAAAUCACAAAAAAAAUCACAGACAAAAGGAAGUACUUCUUUACUCAGCGCAUAGUUAAACUAUGGAAUUUGCUCCCACAAGACGCAGUAAUGGCCACCAGCUUGGAUGGCUUUAAAAGAAGAUUAGAGAAAUUC